CUCCGUUCCAAAAAGGCCGACGUGCCCAGGAAGGUUUCCACGCCUUUAAACACAUGAUAGCUGAUCGUCUUAGGGCGCUAGGGUUAGGGUUACGAUCAUGUCCCAGCGCCCCCUCAGGGUGCUGAGUCUCCACGGGUACCGGCAGGAUGGCGCCUCCUUCCGGGAGAAAACUGGAGCUCUUCGGAAACUUUUAAAGAAACAAGUGGAGCUUGUUUACAUGACCGCACCGCACCACGUGACCCGAGUCUGCAGCGCAGGCGGGGCCACCGGGGGGGGCACCGGGCCGGUGUCGGGGUCCGGCGGGCCCAGCGGGCCGGGGGGCAACGGGCCGGUGUCGGGGGCCGGUGAGGGCAGCGGGGGCCCGGACCCUCGGGGCUGGUGGUUCUCCGACGUGGAGGGGCGGAGCUUCAGUGCCCAGCAGCGCUGUGCGGAGAGCCUGGGGUUGGAGGACAGCUUGGCGGCGGUGCGGGCGGCGGGGGAGGAGCUGGGGCCGUUUGACGGCGUCCUGGGCUUCAGCCAGGGCGCCGCCCUGGUGGCCGUGCUCUGCGCGCUCCAGGAGCGCGACCCCGACCCCCCGCUGCGUGUGCGCUUCGCCGUGCUGGUGGCGGGGUUCCGCAGCGCCUGCGAGGGCCACCGGGGCUUCUACGGCGCCCCGCUGGGCGUGCCCCCGCUGGGCGUGCCCCCGCUGGGCGUGCCCCCGCUGGGCGUGCCCUCGCUGCACGUCUUCGGUCUGGACGACCGGGUCAUCCCCGACGCCAUGAGCCGGGAGCUCCUCCCCCUCUUCCGGGAGCCCGCCGUCAUGGAGCAUCCUGGCGGCCAUUUUGUACCGGCCUCCUCCACUCACAGACAGACCUACCAGGCCUUCCUGAGCCGCUUCCUGUGAGCCCUCCCCCCAGCCCUCCCCCAGCCCUCCCCCUGUCCUCCCCCAGUCCUCCCCCCAGUCCUCCCCCCAUCCCCCUGUGGGAGGAAUGCUGGGUGAUAAAGAGACUUCCACUUCCAUGUUGGUUUGUUGUUAUUCCAUAGAAACAUGGCCGCCACAACAUCGCUGAUGCCAGAGUCCCUUAGUGGUCAGAGGACCUGAGUGGACCUGAGGGGCCUGUGGGUGAGGGGGAGGGGCCUGUGGGUGAGGGGGAGGGGCCUGUGGGUGAGGGGGAGGGGCCUGUGGGUGAGGGGGAGGGGCCUGUGGGUGGGGGGAGGGGCCUGUGGGUGAGGGGGAGGGGCCUGUGGGUGGGGGGAGGGGCCUGUGGGUGAGGGGGAGGGGCCUGUGGGUGGGGGGAGGGGCCUGUGGGUGGGGGGGGAGCAGGAUUCUGUGUUCUUCACGGCGACGCCCAGAGGACCGGAUGGUUUCCAGAUGUGGAGCGUGAAUUCCCUCCGCCCUUCUAUCCCCUUCCUGUCAUCCAUGUGAUGACGACCAACAGGUGAUGAUACGAGCUGUCAAACCUUACGCCAAAAGAAGUCACAGUGAGGAAUCAAACCGGAACACAUGAAUGUGAUUCAGGUCAAAGUGUUUCCUGAUGUGUGUUGAAAUUCCUACUGAACAAAUAAAAGAAGUAAACCCAA